CUUUCAACCGCUCACCUAUACAAAAGAAAAUGACAUGCUGGAUCGGCGGUCUCUUCUGCUGUGUCUUUCUGAUCACUGGGAGUACAGGGUAUUUUGUCAACGACUGGGACCAGCCAUUCACGUUCAACUGUCCAACCGGACAGGUCAUCUCUUAUGUCUCUAGUGUCCAUAACAACCGCGCUGAGGACAGACGCUGGGAGUUCCGUUGCAAGGACGUUGUAACUACACAUUCAUGUUCUCAUAGUGGUAAGUGCUACGUCUGUUUAUUCCAGUGAUUUGGAGCAGAACUCGGUGCUCCGGAGCAGUAUUAUUUUGCCUGGAGCUGGAGCUGGUAAAUUUCAUACUGCUCUUAAAAUUUUCAUUUUUUUUUAAAUGGAGAUAAUUUGAACUUAUUAAUUUAAAAAAUUAAUUUAUUAAAUCUAAUGUCACACUCUUUUCAAGCUAUAUAACUUCAUGAUUCAUGAUUGAUACCUGUUUGUUUGCUCCCACGUUUAUUCUACUAUGUGGCUCAAACAUUUCUACUUGGUAUGUUGCUCCCACAUUUCUACUUGGUAUGUUGCUCCCACAUUUAUACUUGGUAUGCUGCUCCCAACAUUUCUAAUGAUAAAUGUGCCAUAACAUUUUUUUUUCCAUUAUUGGGAACGCGCGAUGGCUGGAGCUAUUGUCCUUGACAAACGCAUGUAAGGUUUGUGAAUUCAAGGAGCUGGAAACGUCACGAUGUAUUACGUAAUAUUCCUAUUUUAAGACAAAGUUUUCCUAAAACAUAACCUCUAACACAGUUUUUCCGAAUAUAUGUAGCUGUCAUAAUUUGUAAAAUCUUUCGUAAAAUAAAGCUGUAAAAUACGUUUUCGUCUUGGUUAAGGCUUACAUUAACAUAUAAUGACCAAACAGCUGUUGAGAGAUUGGCCAAACGGAAUACCAGGAUUUGUCAUUAAUAUCUUAAUGAGAUAGGGCAGACAGUACACAUGGAUGUCCUGUGACUAGAUUUCAGCCAUAAAUUACAAACCUUUUAAGCGUUCAAUAUACGAUAGCGUCAAUACUGCUAAAUUGGCCCACACUGUAUUCUGUGAAAAUCUGCGGACUGUUGAUUGACCCAUUUUUCGUCAACCUAUCGAGCUGACACUUGGCACAUAACAUAGACUCAAGACGAAGAUGAGACACUCUAUCAAAUUGUCAGUCCCGCUCCAUACUCCAAACCCCAAAAUAAGUUUUUUUCCCCCUAUUUCUGAAGUUGCAUAUGAAGGAAAUAUGAUGUCACAUAAAAAAAAAAAUCCCCAAAAUGCGCUAAAUGAACCUCUUCACAAAAAUAUCGUUGGUGUGCUUUUUAUGCAACAUUGUUGGCAAACAUUUUUUAAAAAAUCCAAUUGUAAGAAGAACGUCCUCGCAAAUGUUAAAAUAAAAUGAGUAAAACAGAGUAGGCUUUCUGCCGACACAUUCGCUGUUUUGUUGCGUUUAUUUUUUCAGGUUUAACACUACUCUGUUUUACUCAUUUUAUUUUAUUUUGUACUAACCUGAUUGCAGUCUCUCCCCUUAUUACCCUCGCAAAUGUUAUUUUUUGUGUGUGUCUAUUUCCUCAGGAUACGUCAACGAGUUCGACCAACCUGUCGUCUUCAAAUGUCCUGGCGAUCAGGUGAUGACCGGCGUAGACAGUUACCACAGCGACAAAGCUGAGGAUCGCAGGUUCGGCUUUCAGUGCUGCAACGUCCAGGCGCGUCAACCACGCGACUGCUACAUCACCGGCGAUGUUAACGGCUGGGACGACAAGAUGACCUUUCAUGUACCCGAGGGCAAGGCCAUCAAGGGCGCGCACAGUCACCACAACGAUCACUAUGAGGAUAGGCUCUGGCGAUUCGAAAUCUGUACUCUCUAGAUGAAGUGAAUUGAAGAGGAUCGCAAACUAUCGAUGACUUAAAAAUAUGUUUAGCCUUGAGGUGACAUGAAACUAGAGCUCCGUUUAUCAAUUUAAUUUGUCAUUGUUAUAAACAUCGAGACAACGCAAAACAAAUAAUAUUGUUAUUAGGUGUUAUUUUAAAAAUAGUAUCAUUGCCUUACCGUUGUCUAAAUAAAACCUUAAAUCAAGGAUUUUAUUCAACUCAGGGACCGCAAAUAAUGUUCCUGAAUUUUUUAAAACUAUUUAAUGGCUCACUCAAAGUCAGAAAGAAAAACUGAACUUUGAAAGCUUCGAUCUUUGAGAGCUUUGACCAUUUUCGUAUAAUCAAACUCAGCACCUAGUCAUGUUCUAUGGAUAUCAUUGAUAAUCCACCCAGCAAAUCCUAGGCCAAAAUUUAGCGUACAUUGGAUAUGAUGUGUUUGUUUUAUAGAAACUGGGAAGGAAGAGAGACACCACGUUUAUUUUAAAAUUAAAAAAUACAAGUUUUACAUUACACUCUUAGCAUGAAAUCUAUAAAAUCCAAGUAUUAAAAAAAAUAAUGAUUGUCAUUGGGAUGUGUGCAAGGGCGUUAUGUGGCCAGGGAAGUGAUGGUGAAAAGUGGGGCCAGGGACGUGAUGGUGAAAAGUGGGGCCCGGGACGUGAUGGUGAAAAGUGGGGCCAGGGACGUGAUGGUGAAAAGUGGGGUUUGGGAUGUGAUGGUGAAAAGGUUAUUGGGUUCAUAUUCUCAUAUUUAUGUAAAGAAAAUGGGCAAAUACAAAUAUUGAUAGGGCCCGGGGCGUGAUGGUGAAAAGUGGGGCCCGGGGCGUGAUGGUGAAAAGUGGGGCCCGGGGCGUGAUGGUGAA